AUCAACCCUUGCUCUUCAACCAUGACAUACAUACCUACAUGGGGUAAAUAGUAACUAACAAUUUACAUACUACUAGUUAACUAGUAGUAGUAGUACGUCAACAAAGACUGAAUUUCAUAAAACAACGUUACCAAAACUCGUGAAGGGAUUCCCAUUGACCUUCCACAACACCACACCAUUACACCAUUGUCUAUUUCUAUGCUUGAUUCAUUGUCUUCUCCCUUCUAGUUGUACAAAUGUACGUGUAUAGUACUUCGUAUAUCAUGGCUUACUCCAACUUGAAAUUUCUAUAAUCUUAGCAUUCAUUCAUUCUCUUCUUCUACUACUUACCACCACUAGAUGAUAAACGUCACGUAAUGGAGUUGAUUCCGUAUACUUCGCGGGACGGUCGUGAAAUCGUGCUGCGUCACCGCAAUGCCAUCGUUGUCCGUGAUCCCUCCUCGCAACGUCUCGAGAUCCGAGGUGCCGCUUUGACAGAAUGUCCCACCUGUCAUCAACCUCUCCGCCCUCCCUCCCCGGAACGACACUACGAUGACCCCACAGUCCAUGAAUCCUACGUCAACCCCAAUUACUUUCGCAUGCUUCAGGCUGGCCAUGACGAAGAUGAACAAACAAACCGCCAGCCUCCACCCAGUCCAAUUCGCCGACUCACACAACCCACCUUGCCAGGCAGUAGUCCUAGAACCCAGGAACUUGGUGACGCCGAGUUCAUUUCUAGUUCACCCGCUCCCCAAGAAGGAGCUCGCAUAAGGAAGGAUGCAUUCAGUCCCAAUUAUUUCGCCCGGUUCUUUGUUGAGGAGAGGGAACUUGGUCGUGGCGGCAAGGGUGUCGUGCUUCUUGUCCGUCACGAAAUUGACGGAUGUGCUCUUGGCCACUUUGCUUGCAAGCGAGUUCCCGUUGGAAACGAUCAUGCCUGGUUAGAAAAGGUUCUUAUAGAGGUUGAGCUUCUCGCCAAGCUCUCCCAUCCGAAUCUGGUCUCCUACCGCCACGUCUGGCUUGAGGAUGUUAAGCUCAAUCGGUUUGGGCCAAGCGUUGCCUGCGCCUUCAUACUCCAGCAGUACUGCAAUGGUGGCGACUUACUACGCUAUGUUGCCGGCGAUCAGCCAAAGCAGACAACCAAAGAGCAACUCAAGGCCCAGAUGCGCCGCAAGUCAAAAAGCACCGCCGAGCGUCCCCAGGAUGUCUUCGCCUCCCAGCGCUGUUUAUCGUUUGAGGAAAUAUACUCCCUAUUCAAGGACAUCACCUCAGGCCUUGCCUAUUUACACAACGCCAACUAUAUUCAUCGCGAUCUCAAACCGAGUAAUUGCCUCCUGCAUCACGAAAGUGGCAAGAUAACGUGUUUAAUAAGCGAUUUUGGUGAGGUGCAGGCUGGAAAUGCUAUUCGAAAGUCGACAGGAACUACCGGCACUAUAUCGUAUUGUGCCCCCGAAGUAUUGAAGAGAGAUGCGAGAGGCCGACUGGGUAAUUUUACAAUUAAGUCCGACGUGUUUUCGUUGGGUAUGAUACUGUAUUUCUUAUGCUUCGGUCGACUACCCUAUAUGAACGCCAAUGCUGUGCAAGAAGAACUUGAAGAUAUCGAUCAGCUCCGAGCUGAAAUAGCCGAUUGGAAAGGCUUCCAGGAUGAAAAACGGGAGCGGCCUGACCUCCCGUUGAAGCUCUACCAACUGCUAAAAAAGAUGUUGGCUCUUGAUCCAUCUGAACGGCCGAGUGCCACCGAGGUAUUGGCCGUUAUGAAUCAUGAGACGUAUCACGGCGAGUUACGAGGCCGAAGCACAAGCCCUUCUGUUGGACUGCAAGGCCGACGAAUUCAAAGCCUCGACUCGCCCAUACCUCCCAGCACGCCGGUUCCCGAUCCGCAGAAACAUCUCGGAAGUAUGAUGCCGCCCGAGGGGGUUGCGUCUCCCAGUAGUGAUGAAAGCCCACAAGCCACGGCCCAUCCCCCUCAAGCCAACCUCCUUAAUAGUUUUCAACCAUAUAGCACGCCCAACACGCCCCGACAUCGUCCCCAGGCCAUGAAUUUGUCUCGAAGUCAAGAGGGACUUGCGCCAUCUUCUCCGGAUCGCGGUCUUUCUACUGGAGUGGCACACCCACAGCCACUUCCUACCAUACACACCCCCUUACUCAUAGCACCUCCAGGUGACAGACCCAUAGCAUUCGGACAACAAACAGAAAGUAGACUAAUCUACUUGAUUCGCAACCAAGCGGACUUGAUUGUAUUCACCUUUCGGCUCUUCAUGUUGCUAAUUAAAAUACUUUCGCUCAUUAAACCAUGUUGGCCCUUCACCGUCAAGCUCAGUGUCGGAAUUCCCCUUAUUACGAUCGCGGGAAUCGACAUGGGCAUUUCAUCUCACAGAGAUGCGAUGCUGUUCAACCAUGGAGCAGGAUUUCAGCGACAAAUCACACCAGGGCCAACCCCGAGGAGGUGGGGUUGGAGAGUAAGUUUUUCCUUGCUCGCUUUUCAUUUUCUAGCUAUCUGGAUGUUUUCGCAAUGGGAUGCCUUGUGUGUCUCGUAUGCGGAUGACUGGACAGACUGGUAAUGUGCGAGCUAUCGAUGAUAUACACUAUAUCCAUACACCUUGUCCUAUCUGCAAGCCUAAUAGCAUUCGCUGUUCACGAUGCGCCGUAAUAACACAGAGAAUAUCCAUCAACUUCGAGAUCCCGGCUCGGGUUGAUAUGA